AUGGGAGCCCAGAUGCCUAGAGUCCCAGCAGCCCAGGAUACAAGGAUCCCAGGAGCCCAGGCUACAAAGAGCCCAGAAGCCCAGGAGCCAAGGAGCCCAGGAGCCAGAGAGCCAAGGAGCCCAGAGGCCCAGGAGCCAAGGAGCCCAGAUUCCCAGGAGCCCAGGAGCCCAGAUUCCAGGAGCCAAGGAGCCCAGGAGCCCGAGAGCCCAGGAGCCCAGGAGCCCAGGGAGCCAGGGAGCCCAGGAGCCAAGGAGCCCAGGGAGCCAGGGAGCCCAGAAGCCCAGAUGCCCAGGAGCCCAGGAGCCCAGGAGCCCAGGAGCCAAGGAGCCCAGGAGCCCAGAUUCCCAGGAGCCCAGGAGCCCAGAUUCCAGGAGCCAAGGAGCCCAGGAGCCCGAGAGCCCAGGAGCCCAGGAGCCCAGGAGCCAAGGGGCCCAGGAGCCCAGAUUCCCAGGAGCCCAGGAGCCCAGAUUCCAGGAGCCAAGGAGCCCAGGAGCCCGAGAGCCCAGGAGCCCAGGAGCCCAGGAGCCAAGGAGCCCAGGAGCCCAGAUUCCCAGGAGCCCAGGAGCCCAGAUUCCAGGAGCCAAGGAGCCCAGGAGCCCGAGAGCCCAGGAGCCCAGGAGCCCAGGAGCCAAGGAGCCCAGGAGCCCAGAUUCCCAGGAGCCCAGGAGCCCAGAUUCCAGGAGCCAAGGAGCCCAGGAGCCCGAGAGCCCAGGAGCCCAGGAGCCCAGGAGCCCAGGAGCCAAGGAGCCCAGAUUCCAGGAGCCAAGGAGCCCAGGAGCCCGAGAGCCCAGGAGCCCAGGAGCCCAGGAGCCCAGGAGCCCAGGAGCCCAGGAGCCAAGGAGCCCAGGGAGCCAGGGAGCCCAGAAGCCCAGAUGCCCAGGAGCCCAGGAGCCCAGGAGCCCAGGAGCCAAGGAGCCCAGGAGCCCGAGAGCCCAGGAGCCCAGGAGCCCAGGAGCCAAGGGGCCAAGGAGCCCAGGGAGCCAGGGAGCCCAGAAGCCCAGAUGCCCAGGAGCCAAGGAGCAAUGCAAUGA